AGAGCGGCCGAAAGCAGCAAACAGUAGCAGAACAACCAGCAACAGCAGCGUCACAAAGCUAAAAGCGUCCAAUAACAAAUUAAAAUAAAUCGCAAAAUUAAAUAAUGCAAGCAUUUCGAAACAGCCGAAUAAAACUAAAUUGAAAUUUACACUCAACAAAUUGCAUUGCGUGUGUGCGAACGAGAGGAAGCGAACAAAUAUAUUAAAAAAAAAAAAAAAACUACAUAUGUACAUAUGUAUGCACUAAAAACUGAGUGAGGCAGUCUUUGUUUAAAAAAGGCUGGCAACGCUGAAUUCUUGUUCGUUUUGCCAUACUUCAAAAGGCAAGCGCGCGGUACAAGUGGUAAAAGUUGUUAGUGAAUUAGCUAUCACAAAAAAAGAAGAAGAAAAAAAAAAAACGAAACAAGCAAAAAUAUUCCUGGAACUCCCCAAAGUAGCGAACAUCUACUGCGCAAAACAUGGCGCGCAAGAGCAACAACAAAAGCCCAAUGUCAGCGAUAAUAAUGUUGUUGUUGUUGUUGCCGCUGCUCUUGAUUGCUGCUGUCGCCGUCGCUGCUGCGCAGUCAACUUAUGUGCAUCGCACGCCCAUCAUCGAGGUGGAUGCCCUGCGUAACGAGUAUCUUAGCUUGGAGCGUUCGCUAUGGCAAUACCUGCAGAAAACGGCCAAUAGCCUAAACAAUAGAGAAACACAGCUGCGCAAGGUGUACGAUUUGCAUCGCAGCUUUAUCAAUAAACGGCAAAUGGGUCGCAUAUUUGACAGCAAAAAAUACGAUGUAAUGCAUCAUUACGAGUGGAUGAUGCUGGAGUCUCAAUUGUCAAAUCUGAACCGUCUUUUUGACUUCUAUAAGAACACUCUAAUGAGCCCAAUCACAAGCACUGGACUGGAUGAACGCGCCGUAUUGGAUCUAGCCGAGGAGGUGUUGCGCAAUGAUACAUCAUUUUCAAUGUCGCAAAUAUUUCAGGAAAUCGAGCACAUUAUGGUCAAGCAAACGCUUUACUACAGGGCAAUGGUGGUAUCGGCAGACGAAAUGUGCAGCACAAGACAAUCGGCACAACAAUUUGUGUAUUCACUAUACACUGACGUUGCACUAACGGAACUGAAGGGCUACACCAUGAUGGAGUUCUCCUGGAUGAUGCUGCGUGUCUACGGCCGUGGCAAUUACUCACAGGAAGCGGAACUGAUGCGACGCGACUACGAGAGGCGCACAGAGCGCACACUGAAAUUACUUAAGGAGGUGAUGCGACGUGCCGAUCGCAUUGUCUGGCGCUGUGAUCCCGACAAGCAUGUACCGCAAGUUACCUACGAUGAGGUGACACGCCUGCUGCAGGGCUACAUUGAGAACGAGGUGGAUCUAAAUUCAGAUGAGACCUGCCGUGAGACGUGCGCAUUUUAUCAGUCUACACGCAGCGAGGGCUGCUUCAAGAAUCUAUAUUGCUCACGGCAGCCGAAGUGUACGGGCAAACUGUAUGGCUGUCAGUUUGUUGACUCCGAUAUGUGGGUGUGCCCGGCACCAUUGAGCAGCACACGUCGCUACGAGUAUAUCGAGUACGAGAAUGGACGUGUGCUUGGGCAGCGCAAGAACUGUGUUCGUGGCACCACCAAAGUGGACAGCUGGUGGCGCUAUCUGUUAUGGCAUUGCAGCUACUGCUUCUGUCUGUGCGAUGAGCAGGGCCUGAAAUCAGAUCGUUUCUUUAAUCUACGCGAAUCCGUUUCGGAUGUCAAGCAGAACAAAGUAAUCACGGGUUUGCGUUUUUUGAAGAAGAAUCGCAUAUUCCAUCUUCAGAUACAGGAGGGUCAGCUGUUGCCACGCGGCGCCAUCAAUGAAUCGACACUGUCAUGGAAGCCCGUCGAUGAGUACAAAAUCUUUGAUAGAAAUGUGGCCAAAGGCAUCGACUAUCAUACAUUGAGCUAUGAAAGCCGUUCCAUCGAUUUGGAUGAUAUUAUGAAAACGGAUGACAAUAGCUUUGUGGUCACGGGCGUGCGUUUUCGAGUCUUGGGCGCCCAUCUGAAUCUAGAGGCACGUCUCAGUGAGUUUGAUUUCAAGAAGGGCGAACUUAUCCAACCAGAGGUGAACAGCGUUUGGCAAUCGAAUGACAAUACCGAUGUUAGCGGUGAACGCAGACAAAAGCUGCUCCUCUACAAUGCUGAUGUGCCCACACGCACGGUGGUCACCUCUUUGCCGCUGUCCAAGCACAAUCAGUACAUUGACUUCGUCAAUUCGGGCAUGGACAAGGAUGCAGCGCAGAGCACUGUACCGUUUCUGGAUAUACAGGAUGUGGUUUCUCAACCGCCAGUGCCGCUAGCCGGCAUUGGCAUCUAUUAUAAGGGUCGUCCCGGCUAUGGAGGCUUUUUAGCGCCCAAAAUCAUUACCUAUGAUUUUACGCCACACGUCCAGCUGCCAAAGAGCAUUAACUAGGUGGCCUGGCCUGGUUUUCGGCAUGGACAUCUCAAGAUAAUAUAAUAGCUUUCUAUAUGUAGGCGUACAUCUAAUUUCUUCUUAUCGAUAUUAAAUACAAAAAACCAGCACAUUUUUGUGACGAACAAAA